ACCGUUUCCGUUUUCCCGAGGAUCACAGAUAAAAGCGAAUGAGAAUGAGAACGUCUGCGCGUCUUUCGACAAUGCGACUUCAUCAAGAGACGGUCAGCAGUUCUUGGAGAAGCGUAGCAAUGUUCCUGUUGACUUCGAUCUAGGAAAUUUUCUUCACGGUCUGGGUGUUGACGGGGCCGCCCUUGGUCUUGUGCCGCUAGGUGUCUCGACAGAUUCGCAUAUUUUUGACGGUCUUGCGGAUGCUGCACUGCACGACGAUGGCCAACAGAACUCUGGAAAGGCCAAUUCUGAUCGCGAUUCGUGGGCAGCGCUCGACUCCUUACUCGAAACAGGAAACUACGCUAGUUGCCAAGCGAACUACGAAGCACCGUCUACUCAUCAGGAUGGCUGGCUCGACGACGUUGCGUCUUGGAUUUUCGGAGAGGGCGAUGUCAAGGGAACAACACCUAGUGUGUGGCCUACAUCUGGCGAAACACAUAGCACUGCAGCUGCAAGCGGUAGCAUUUCAUCGCGACAAAACAAGCCUCCGGACAAUGCUUCCUGGCCUCUGCAUUCCUCUAGUACUGGUGAUUACAAUCCCGAAGCGGAUGCCCUAGUUAAUGAUUCGACACUCUCGUCGCAGCUUGCCUAUUACUUAUUCAAAGGUGAAGGACAAGGCGGUACUGCACCGCCGCCGAGCAGUCUUACUAUGGAGCAGUCCGCGAUAGGAAACAGAGUAGAAGUAAGUGCUGUCGACAGGCUAGCGCUCGACAGAGUAAUUGAAGCGUCGCUUGCCGUUCGAGACACGGCAGCUCAAGAGGACCUGCCUUGUGCUACCUCGGCCAACGCCCAAGGAGAAGCUAAUAAUAACGCGAAGAUGAGUAAUAUCGGGGAAGAAACAAAAGUAGGGACCGGCAUGGAUUCGUCAUCGGUGGUGAUGGACGAUGCGUGGCACGAAGCGGUCGCGUCGUUGCUAGGUACUGCUCUAGACGAGACUGAGGAUUCUCCUGUGGCGCUGAAGCCACCAGCAUGGGCGCCGCGUCCACGCUGGGACGGACCGCAGGCGCCCAAGACCGAUUUAACGAAAUUCCACCAGAAUAAUCCAACUCUAUUGCAUGGCGAACCACAAACGCAGGAGACCCAAAAGCCAGCUCAAUUGCAGCCUUCCGCCGCACCUCUCGUGGAAGAGUCUCAUCUGCCACCCGUCGAUAGCGCAACUGCUGCCGCAUGUAUUACGCCGCCUGAGAAGUCAGAAUCGUCGCACACUGGUGGUGCACCUUGUGCGUCCCAGGGAGUAGAGUUUUAUUACGAUGCAAUCGCGCAAGCGAACGCUAUGGGACGGGCUUACGAGCAGCAUCUCUUGCACGGAGUGUGGCCCGACGCGUAUCAGGAACCGCCUCGCAUUCGCACACUACUUCCUCCUGUUAAGGCUCUCGUUAAUAAUUUUUUUUGAACAUCAGAUUUGGGAAAAAGCGACGUUGCUGUUCUCUCAGAAAUUUGUCAUUUUUUGAGUGGAUUUUGUGAAGUUCGUUUCCAAAAUAGGUACACUUUUAGGGAAGACCCGCAGAAAGAAGGGUACGUAUAAUUAUAGACAUGAUAAACCUAUCCUCAUCUUCGUGAUGGUCUAAUGUUGCCUUCGGUGGUGGCGACAUCGGUGCCGUUCGUUCGCGAAUCGAGAUGGCGAACGCGCGGAAGCGGCGAGAACUGAACCCAGCUGCUUUUUGCAUUGAGUGCAAGCUGAGCAUCGACGCUGUCGUUCAGCACGAGGCGGAAGCUCAGGGGCAGCUGCGUUUUGAUGCGGUUGCUAAUGAGCGAACCGCCGUACUAGAGUCGCAAAAGGAACAACUCUACGCUGGUAUGCUUGGAGAGGUUCUGGCGCCCUCUUCUUCAUCUGUUACGCGAGAAGAGGAGUCUUCGAGAAAUAGAUCUGGUACUGAAAAUAGCAAUAAGGAGACGAGGGAGCCGGCUGUUGCUCACGUGCCUGGGAGUGUGGCCGCUGAAAUUGCGGAGUGUUUGGACUUGGGCGUUACGCUGUCCAAAGACGCACACGAGCGCCUGCUCCAGCUGGAAAUGCUGCAAGGCUUGCCGCACUGGCAAAAACUCACAACCACGAGAAAAACUGAAGGACGAUUACAGUCUUCACAAAAGGAUUGUCCUCGGGAGCAUUACUACGGGUUGGCUCACACUACCAAGAGCCAGCAUGAUGAUGUUCCAAAUCUUUUUAGCAACGCAGAAGACCUGGGACGAAGGACAAUGGGACACCUGAGCUCCUCCGAUGAGCGAGGGCCACUAUGUGACGCUUGUGCGCUCGCGAAAAGCACUGGAGACCCAGGUGAGGCCUUCAUGGCGGUGACAAUUGACUCUCUUCUGCGGACCGAUGAAAAUUACGGCUUGCCACAACAUGACACACGAUUUAUCAAAAUACAUUCUUCAGUUGAAUAUUGCAUUCUACUUGAGUUUUCCUUUGAAAAUGAAAAUACGUUGGCGAUGUAGGUUUCGAAGAUUGAAAAAAUCUUGUAAGCUGCACAAUUAGAUUCUAAGAACAAGAGAAGCGUAUGAUUGCGGCCGGCAUGUCGAGCAGAACAAAUGACUCUCAUCAUUACGGUGAUAAGAACAAGGCAUCAACGACACGUUCUCCAAAAGCUAGUGGUCACACUGGAUGGCGAGAUGUGCACACCGAUAACCGACAGCGACCCCUCCAUGCCGCACGAUCGCAACGGAACUAUCGCAACUGCGGCAACAGUAAGCGACGACGCAUUGGGGCGAAUGGCUAGAGUUCACUGAAUGGGAAUCCACUGUUGCUUGUUCUAUUUGAAGUAACAUUUUGUGAUGUAUUGCGCAACACAUCAGCGUUAUUUUCUACAAGCUUAGUUUCGUUCAGUGCAAGUGUCUCGCGCCCCCGACGCGAAAAAGAAGUAGGAAUAGGACUCAGAUCAGAUGUAUCAUACAUCCAACACUGUUCCCUAAACUGGAGCACAUCCGUGCGCCGCUGCGACCUUCUAAGAAAUAGUGCUAUGGACUCUGACUUUUUAUUUUUAUUGUUGUUGUGUCUCUGCAACGUCAGUGUGACAAGCGAACUGAGCCCUUUGGUUCGUGGGCUUUCGUGGAAAUAAUCGAGAAACAUCAAGUUCCAGGAAU